AAAUCCAUCACAAAUUGGGCUUGGCUUCGCAAAAUCAAGUCACGUGACACAUUUGACAGAUGUUUGAGUGAAUCUUAACCUUAAAAAUGGAACCGGACGAAAAACACAAGAGCCAAAAGCCGGCCCCUACAGACGAUCCGGAAUGCAUUUAUCGCAUUUACAACGUCCUCUCUUACUUCAUCGUCCUCGUAGUGAUCGGAAUCCCGGUCUGGUGGUACACCACCCGGGUCUACAGGGCGAGUCUGCCCCUGGACCGCAUGUUCGACGUGACCCUCGCCAACAAAACCGACAAACAGUUCGGAAUCCCCCUUAGCCUCGAAUACGACGUCCUUAUCACAAUUGUAAACCCGGACCCAGAAAACCUACACGUGGAGCUCGCCGGUGAGGACCUUGACGCGAAUCUCCAGCCCUUCCUUUCCAAAAUAUCCCCAAUCGCGGAUUUCAUCGUCAAGUCGCAGUGGCUGUAUUUGACCGAGCUGGGGGCCAUCCCGCGCAAAAUCAUCGACAAGUACGUACUGUACGAGGAGCAACUCCCGCACGUUAUAACCCCCUUGGAGAAGAAACUCUGGUCGCAUCUAUCGCCCCGACCGUGCUUGAACCUCGUCUUGUACGUCUCGCACUGCAAUGUGCCCCUGUUUAUACGAAACAGUCGGGAUGAAGACACCGCUAACGCGUUUUUCAGCCCCAGGUGGGGCGGCAUUUACAUCAUAAACCCGGAUCAGAAUUCUUGCUAUGUUAAAAACUUCAAACCCGAUGUGCAACUCAUCACGGCGACGUUUAUAUCGCAAUUAGGGAAGAUGCUGAAAAUGGGGGGCACCACAGAGAGGGAUGUUCAAGAUUUGAUGAGACGCAAAGCUGAAGAUAUGGUCGACUCGACUCGCAGGACGUUAAAAUCACUGGCACAGCUUUUAUCGGAAAUAAACAGUAUUGUGAUAAGCGAUGACGUGGCGCUGAAAAUACAAAUUGCGGUGGAUAAUGCUGACGUUGCUGAAGACUUGUUGGGGAAAAAUGAUGUUGAAAAUGCGCUAAAUUUUGCCAAAGUUGCGUUUAAGAAUGCCGAGGCCGCGUUCAGUGACCCGUCUUUACUGGCUUUGCUUUACUUCCCUGACGAUCAAAAGUAUGCCGUUUACAUCCCUCUGUUCUUACCUGUAAUGAUCCCAGUGCUGAUGUCUUUAAUAACUGUGAAAAAGUGGUACAAAGAGAAGAAGUUAAAGACUGAAUAAUUUUUUAUUUUAAAUAAAACAAGCUUUACACAAAA